AUGGCAGAUAAGUCCAAAUUUAUUGAGUACAUUGAUGACGCUUUAGAAAAAUCAAAAGAAACUGCACUUUCUCGCUUAUUCUUCACCUAUCAGGGGAUUCCUUACCCAGUUACCAUGUGCACCUCAGAAACUUUCCAAGCGCUGGACACCUUUGAAGCCAGGAGCGAUGACAUUGUGCUAGCAUCUUACCCAAAGUGUGGUUCAAAUUGGAUCCUUCAUAUCAUCAGUGAAUUAAUAUUUGCUGUUUCUAAAAAAAAAUAUGAAUGUCCAGAAUUCCCAGUUCUUGAAUGUGGGGACUCAGAAAAAUAUCAGAGAAUGAAACAGUUUCCAUCACCAAGGAUUUUGACAACUCACCUCCAUUAUGACAAAUUACCUGGGUCCAUCCUGGAACAUAGAGUCAAGAUAUUGGUGAUAUUUCGAAACCCUAAAGAUACGGCAGUAUCUUUUUUCCAUUUCCACAAUGAUGUCCCUGAUAUUCCAAGUUAUGCCUCUUGGGAUGAGUUCUUCAGACAGUUCAUGAAAGGACAAGUUUCUUGGGGAAGCUAUUUUGAUUUUGCAAUCAAUUGGAACCAACACCUAGAUGAUGAAAAUGUUAAGUUCAUACUAUAUGAAGACCUGAAAGAGAAUCUGACCGCUGGAAUAAAACAAAUCGCUGAGUUCUUUGGAUUCUCUGUAACUGGGGAACAGAUUCAAACCAUCUCAGCCCAGAGUACCUUCCAAGCAAUGCGAGAAAAAUCUCAGGAAACACAUGGUGCUGUUGGCCCAUUCCUGUUCCGCAAAGGUGAAGUUGGUGAUUGGAAAAAUUUGUUCAGUGAAACUCAGAACCAGGAAAUGGAUGAAAAAUUCAAAGAGCUUUUAACAGGCACUUCCUUGGGAGCAAAAAUGAAAUAUGAGUCAUAUUGCCAGGCUUGA